AUGGCGCCCCUUGCGUCGUAUGUUGGAGCCUGGCUCAUCACGGCCUCACUGGCCCGCGCUGCUCUUCCGGUGCAGUCUCGCCAGACGACAAGCACCUUCACUUCGACUGGAAAUCCCAUCUUGGCCGAUGGCUCGAUCUACUCGGCAGAUCCAGCACCAAUUGUGGUCAAUGAUACGGUCUAUAUUCUAGCCGGUCGCGAUGAGGCCGGGCCGGACGAGAAUAACUUCAUCAUGAACCAGUGGCAGAUAUUUGAGUCCAAGAGCGCAACGCCUUCUGGAGGAGAGUGGACUCUGCAUCAAGAUAUCGCAGAACCACAGACACUAUUCAAAUGGGCGAGCCAGGGCACUGCCUAUGCCAGCCAAAUCGUUCUUGGUCCCGAUGGCCGUUACUAUCUCUAUGCUCCUGUCACUCAGGCCAAUUCGCCCAACUCGGAUCCAUUUGCUAUCGGCGUUGCUGUUGCGAGCAGCCCUCUUGGCCCUUUCACAGACGCUCAUCCGUCCGGCCCUAUUAUCUCAGAGAGUGUGCCGUCACCAGGGAACAACAUCCAAAACAUUGAUCCUACCGUGUUUCUCGAUACCGACGGUAAAGUGUACCUCUACUGGGGGACAUUCGGGCAGUUGAGGGGUAUUGAACUGGACACAGACAUGGUCACGGUGAAGAGCAGCACUCUGGUGACCGUCAACUCCCUCACAGGUUUCUUCGAAGCACCUUGGUUGAUGAAGCGCAAAGACACGUACUACAUGCUCUACGCCGGGAACAACGCUGGCCCAAACUCGCCGUGCACGCCAACCAGCUAUCAUGCGUGCAUCGCCUAUGGUACCGCUUCAAACCCUCUCGGCCCAUGGACCUACCGCGGCAUCGCAUUGGAUAUCGUCUCUUCCACAACUUCACACCCCGGUGUCUUUGAGCAACCCGCAGGUUCAGGAAAAUACUUCCUCGUCUAUCACACCCGUGAUGCCGCUAAUGGAACUCAUUUCCGCCGAAGUGUUGCAUUCGACCAGCUGAACUGGGAUGACACCACGACGCCCCCGUCUAUUGAGAAAGUCAACCCGACCAAGCGCCCUGGACCGCCGCGCACGCCAACCCGCAAUAUUGCACCCGCGGCAAGCCCAUCGUCGGCGAACGGCACACCAAUUCAGUAUUGGGUGGCGGCCAUCAACGACGGCCGCGUAGAGGCCAACCCUCUCCCACCGGAUUAUUGGAGCUCGUGGGCUGACAAGUCACCAUCCAACAAUACCUUGACAUAUACGUGGAACACAACAGUGCAGCUCAACGGUGCGGCCAUCGCUUUCUUUGCAGACUCGCCCGCCGGCUCGACUGCAGGUGUGGCACCUCCGGCUUCGUGGUGGGUCGAGUAUCUUGCGGACAACGGACAGUGGUCUCGAGUGGCGAAUAGCUCUGCAUUCUCGACUGCGGUCACUGACACUCCUGCUGAGACUAAAUUCACAACGGUCUCGACGAAGUCUAUCAGGGCCAUCCUCAACCCCUCGGGUAGGAGUGGAGCCUAUGCCGCUGUUGGUGUCAAGGAAUGGUUCGCAUUCCAGCCUACUGCGUCGUAA